UAUUUGUUGAUUCUACUUUCUCGCUCCCAGAAAACUUUCGUUUAUAUUCAAUUCUUGAAACCUUUUUUCUCUACCUAUUUCCCGUUCUUAAGCUCUCAAAUAUUUGUAGUCGAGCACCUCCAAUUCAACCCCACCCCCACCCUGAGCGAAAUAAGCUGUACCCCGCCAUAAUCAAGCAGUAACACCUGCUGUGACGUCUUGUCUCAAAUCUUGCUUGCUACAUUGGCUCUCCUCCAAGACAUUUCCCGCACACCACACACCCUCUACUACUUACAAUAGAGAAAAAUAUACAGAAAGGAGCAGAGAAACACAAAAUGGCACCAAAGGCAAUCAUAGCUCCGUCGAUCCUAUCGGCCGACUUUGCGCAGCUCGGCGCCGACUGCGCGCGGACAAUGGACCAGGGCGCCGACUGGCUCCAUGUCGAUAUCAUGGACGGCCAUUUCGUGCCUAACAUCACCUUCGGCGCCCCCGUGGUAGCCAAGAUCCGGAAACACGUCGACAGGCCGACCGAGAACCACGGGCGCGGGACCUUCGACUGCCACAUGAUGAUCGCCGAGCCGAAGAAAUGGGUCAAGGAAUUCCAAAAGGCCGGCUGCGACCUUUACUGCUUCCACUACGAGGCCGCCUUCUCGAGCGCCGCCGAGACCCCCGAGGGCAAGACCGACGAAAAGACUAACCCCAAGGACCUCAUCCGGUAUAUCCACGACUGCGGCCUGCUGGCUGGUAUCGCGCUGAAGCCCAUGACGGGCGUCGAGGUGUUGACUGAGCUGCUCGAGAGCUCUGAUCCGAAGGAGAGGCCUGAUAUGGUCCUGAUCAUGACUGUCGAACCUGGCUUCGGCGGCCAGAAAUUCAUGGCCUCCGAGCUCCCCAAGGUCCAGGCCCUGCGCAAGAAGUACCCGGAUUUGAACAUCGAGGUGGACGGUGGGCUGGGACCCGGCACGAUCGAUCAGGCGGCCGAGGCCGGUGCUAAUGUUAUUGUCGCUGGGAGCGCUGUCUUCGGCGCGCAGGACCCGGCUGAAGUCAUCUCGUUGCUGAGGACUACUGUGAAUAAAGCGGCUUUGUAGCGCGGGAGUUGGAAAAAUAAGUGGGAUAGAAAAGAAAUCAUGUGGAUCGUGUAUGUAUGUAUGUUUGUGAAGUUGUUGUCUAGACUGAGGAGCGAGGCGUUUCAUAUCAGGAAUACAACGUGCAUAAUCCAUUUAUUACU